AUCCGCGUGAGCCAGACGGUGAUGCGUUCAUCCGUUGUCAUGUUUGCGCUUGCCCUUCCGCAGCACUGCGACAUUGCCGUCACGGAGGUUGACGCGGUGCAGGCCUUUGAGGUUCAGCUGCUUGAAACUAGGACCAACAUGCUGAGCGUUGUGUUACUGAGGAACGUUGUGCUGACUACAUCCUCGCUGCUGGUCAGCAACGUCAAGGCUCAUUCCUUGAGGUACGGUGCGCUUGGGUUGUACUCGAUUGGGACGCUGACGCUGUUGCAUGGCAGCUCGCUGUAUGUGCAGUACUGCAGCUUUGAUGGGUACGAACACCUGUUGUACAUGAAUAUUCUCAGUGUGAGUGACCACUCCGUUUUAGCGCUGCUCAACAAUACAAUUUUCUUCGGGACAAGCCUGCUGUGUCAGCAACAAGAAUUGAGCGUGUCGGAUCACAGCGUGUUGCGCGUGGUGGGGAACAGCGGCUCUGUGUCCCACGCCAUAUAUUCACUAAGCUUUUUUACCGUCCGCCAUUCAAGCUGGCUGGAUUGGCAUGACAACGACGUGGGUGUGGGUGCGAUGUUUCAUUACUCCAUAAUAAAUACUGUGAACAUUGACGGCAGCAGUGUGGUGACGCUGACGGGCUGCACGAUGGGCUCGACGGGGCUGUCGGUACCCUUGCUAUCGCAGGCUGACGCCGGCUACCGGUUUGUUGCUGGGUGCCUGACGGUCGCGGGACGGUUGGUGACGACGGCGGCUGAACUGGAGCUCCACGGCAUCACCGACGUGACGACGGUUGCCGCGUGCGGGGAGUGCACGAAGGACGGUGACUGCUUUGCUCCGCUGACGACGGCUAUCAGCGACUGCAAGUGCCAGUGCGCUGCUGGAGGGCACGGCGAUGUGUGCGUCCCGGCGCCUGUGCCUGCUGGCCCGCCGCCACCGCUCACGCCGCCAGUGCCGCCACCACCGCCGCCACCGCCGAUUGGUGAGUGCAUCAGCGACAUGGUGUACCCCGAGGUGGCGCAGGCUGUGGGCGGCGGGCUGUCGUGGCUGUGCUACCGCAACGUGACGUUCAGCGGGGGCGGCAUGAGCCUGACGGUGCUGGUUGGGGCGAUGACGGGCGACGUGGUGAAUGUCACGUUUGAUGGAUGCACGUGGAGGGACGGCGCCGUGCUGUUGGUGUUGGGCAACGCGCACGCUGCUGUUGGGUCGCUGAACAUCUUCGUCACCGGCAACACGUUCCGUGACGCGCUGCUCAGCCCGGAGGGUGUGUUUCCGCCGCACACGAACAUCACGAUCAGCGGGAAUCGCUUCACUGUCACGAGGCUGAUCCCUCGGCCGGGUUUGGACAUUAGGAGGCCGUCGUGUGUUGUGAUGAAUGGAAUGGUGAUCAGCAACGACUCCGCAGUGUUGUUCACUGGCAAUGUGUUUCAGACCGUGAGGGCAUCGUCAGGCGCCAUUCACAUCGUUGUUUCUUUGCUGAGGGUGUCGUGGCACUCCGUGUUUGCGGUGAUGGGCAACGCGUUUCAUAUGGAUGGCGGCGAUGGUACGCUGAUACAUCUUGAGGGGAAUAGACAGUCUUCGUCGCUGAGUGUACUGAACAACUCUGCCGUGGUGAUCCGAGGCAACCUUGUGACGAGGCCGGUGAAGUGCUUCGUGUUAUUUAUUCGGACCUUAGACGUGGAGUUCAAUUCAGCGGUCGUGUUUCAGGGCAACGACAUGCAGGGAAGCUUGGUUGUGUUUUUUCCAAGCCACUCCUCCAACAUCUACUACAACUCCUGGCUGCAGUUGAGCGGCAACCUCUGCCGUGAAUCCCCAUCGGAAGCCUUUGUAUACAUACACUACACGAUGGAUCUCCGCGACUCCACGGUGUCUGUUUCCGGCAACCAAUUCAUGUCCAGCACUAACAAGCCGACAGCUCUGCGGAUAUCCACGGGGUCCAGCGAUUUCACAAACGGAGCGAUUGUGGCCGCGUGCAACACUGUGAACGGCGAGGAGGGGGCUAGUUACGACAUACCGUCCGUGUACAAUGCCAGCAUUAUGACCUGCGGCGAUCCAUGCGCCCUUGCUGCGUCGUGCUUCCCCGCGUACACGACGACGGCCUCGAGUGAUGGCUGCGCCUGCACGUGCGCGGAGGGCGGCCACGGCGAUGCGUGUCUGCCCGUUGCUGUCCCCGAGCCACCGAGCACUGAAGGCGUUGAUUUGUGCGUGCGGGACGUGCGUGUGGAUGUGGAGGUGAACGCCGGUUUCGGGACGUCGGUGGCGUGCUACGUUGGUGUGACCUUUGCGGCAGACGUCGUGGUGGACGUGGAGUCGAUGUCAGGGAGCGUGCGCAACGUGACGCUGUCGAACUGCACGUUUUUGGGCAGAGCGAGCCUGUACGUUGUUGGGUGGCUGUCCGACCCGCCUGCUGGCGAGCGCGUUGAUGUGUUGAUCAGCGGGCUUGAGUCGCGCUCUGGCGGCGGCGUGCUGGUGGCGAACCGAUUUCCGCCGGGCUCGCGCGUCACUUUGGUGGACUCGGUGCUGAUUGCAGAGGCGCGUGUUGCGUACCGCGGCGACUACGGCCUUGGCGAUGCCUCCGCGUGCCUCGUGUUGCACAACGUGAGUUUGACGGGGAGCGUGCUGACCAUCGCGCGCACGCAUGUGGCGGCGGUGUUCCGCGACGCUGUUGGCGUGUUGUUUGUUGGCGGCGUGGCGCUGUCGUCGCGUGGUGCGCUGUACGUGGACGGGCUGUUGGUGCAGACGGCGCUGGGGCUGUGCGUGUCGGUGGAGGGCGGUGUUGCUGCCAGCGGCGGCUCUGUUGUGGCGUUUGUUGACAGCGACUUCCUGCUGUGCAAGCACGCGGUGUCUGUGCGUGGGGCUGUGAGCGUGUCGGGCUCCGCUGUGGCGCUUGUGCGGAGCGAAUUCUCUUCGACGGAGGACUACGCGGUGGCGUUUUAUUCGACGGUGGGCCUGGCUGGCGGGUCGAUGCUGCUGGCGAAGGGCAACGUGCACGACGGCGUCCCGAGGGAGAUGCUCCACGCCGCUGGCGCCGUGACCGCUGCUGGGAGCACGCUGAGCUUUGUGCGCAACCGAGCGCUGCUGCCGCGGAUGCUGUCGCUGAGCCUGUCGCUUGCGGCUGGGGCGCAUGUGAGGGUGGCGUGCAACGACGCUGGUGGACGUGCCCUGUCGACGGCGGAGGAGUACGCAGCGGCUGGUUUUGGCGACGCUGGGAGCAUCGACGUUGCUGGGUGCGACGCCUGCGACAGGGACACGCACUGCUACGCGCCCGGGACGGCGUCUGCGAGCAUGAAGAACGGUGUGUGCGUGUGCGAUUGCGGCAGCGGCGGGUACGGCGAGGCGUGCUUGCCUGUGGGAGCUCCUGCGUUGCCGCCCGCUGUGGGCACCGCGUCGAGUGUGUUUUUCCGCGAGGGCGUGACGGUGCGGUCGGUGUUCGUUGUGCCCGCCGGUGCAGGCGAGGUGACGCUGCGCCACGUUGUGCUGGACGGCGUGAGUACUGUGCUCUACGUGCCGUGGAUGGCGCGGGACGGCGUGCGGAUCGUUGUGCAGAACGUGUCGCUGCUGAACGGUGCUGUGCUGUACGUGAUGGGCGGAGGAGCGUUGCGCGGUGCGGCGGGGAGCGACGAGAGCGGGCCGGUGGAGCUGUCGGUGUGCGAUGUGGAGGCGCUGAACGGUGCGCUUGUGCUGACCGGCACGUUCCCUGCGGGGUCCGCGCUGACGGUGACGGAAUCUCUGCUGGUUGCCGC